AUGGCGACCAAGCGCAUCGAGCAGUGGGAGGUUGAACGCUACUGGGAGAUUUUCGCUUCGCUCUCAAAUGGUGGCACACAUCUCAAUGGUGCCCAGGCAGCCUCGGUCCUAAAGAACAGUCAAUUGCGUGACGACCAGCUGGAGCGAGUAUGGGAUCUGGCAGAUGUCGAUGGUGAUGGCAGCCUCGACUUUGAGGAAUUCUGCGUAGCCAUGCGCUUGAUCUUCGAUCUGGAAUACAUGGAUGUCCCGGCCUCAUUGCCAGACUGGCUUGUCCCCGAAAGCAAAGCACAUCUGAUCCAAGCCUCGCACGCCAUUUCAGGCCGUCAACCCCAGUUCGAACAGGUCGACGAUCUAGAAGACGACACGCCAGGACUCAAGGAUGGCUUCGACUGGUACAUGCCNCCCUCUGAUCGCACAAAAUACGAGGAAAUCUACAGUGCAAACCGCGAUCCGCGUGAUGGCAGCAUCACCUUUGACUCUCUCAACCCUCUCUACGAAUCCCUAGAUGUCCCCGACACAGACAUGCGCAGUGCUUGGAAUCUCGUCAACCCGCGCAGCGACCCAGCUAUUGGCAAGGACCAAUGUCUUGUUUUCCUCCACAUGCUUGCCAAUCGCCACGAGGGUUAUCGUAUCCCCCGUUCAGUCCCUCCAAGUCUCCGCGCCACCUUCGAACAGGGCCGUAUCGAGUAUCAGGUCGACAAGGUACAAACCGCCGCCGAUCGCUGGGGUACCAAGCGUGAUGACAGCACCAUGAGCGGCAAGAAGCAGAAGUUUGGCGACGCAUAUCUCAGUCGACUGGGAGUCGGUGAUCGUGGUGCUUACAGACCAAAAGGUACCGAUUUCACCGCUACCCGUACUGAUGCUGAAUGGGAGGAGGUGCGCCUGAAGAAACAACUGAAAGAGCUCGAGGAGAAGAUGGAAAAGGUUGAAGAGCAAGCAAAGAGGCGACGGGAACGCGGCGGCAGACGGGAUGAGAGCAAGCCUGCCUUGGUCAAGCGUGAGCUCGAGCAAUUACUUGAUUGGAAGCGUCGUGAGUUGCGCGACCUUGAAACAGGUGAGGGAACAGCAAAGGUCGGCCAGGGCUUGAAGGGUCUCAGCGACGAGAUCUCAAUGGUCAAAGAGCAAGUUGAUGGCCUGGAAGCACACCUACGGAAGAGAGAGGAAGUGCUCAGUGAUUUGAGAAAGCAGAUUGAUGAUGAAAAGGCGGCAAGAUGA